AAGAAAAAUAAAUUUACCAAACAACCAUUUACUAUUAAUAUCAAGUUUUAUUUUGACCAUAAUGGUUGAAUAUCCUUCCCAUCCGGCUAAAAUUAAUCGUCCAUUUAAGACUAAGUAAACAACAAGCAACUAACAAAGCAAAACAAGUGAAUAUAAAUCCUUAUUAACCCCAAAGAAAAGUAAGCUCAAAUAUUGUGUUAAUUACAAUCACUCCUAAACAUGGAUACACAACCCAACAAGACUAUAAAUGAACUAGGUGAAGUGAAAUCAAAGGUGGAUAGUGUGGAUCAUCAAUCCUCAGCAGGACAAGGCCAAGAAAUGAGACAUGUCCAAGUGAUUCACCACUCACAUCCUUCGGGGAAUUCGAGCACCACCACCACCACGAGCGGUGUCUUGGCUGGCGCCGCUGCUGCUGCAGCGGUUUCAAUUCAGUGUGCAAAAGAUGCCUUGUCUGGAAAAUAAGACACAAGUGACACUAAUAACUUGCUUAAAGUUCCAAACUUUCAUUGUUUUUAAUGAGUUUCGUUGUCACUAAUAUCAAAUAUUGUCAUAAAGUUUUGGUCUUUAUAUGAUUUAUGUUAAUUGAUAUAAUGGGAAAGUUUGUAACUUUAUCUUUGACAAGUGAAUAUUAGUGAGAAAAAUA